AUGUCGGAGACCAAACGGAAAGGCAGUGGUACUGAAGAGCUCCCUGGCGGGACGUUAGCUAUAUGGUCCGGAGUCCCGGAAAGCGAGAACGCCUGCCAGGGAGUGGGAGUGCUGUUGUCGUCCCGGUUGGUCGAUCUUAUGACUGAAUACAAGGUUGUGAACUCAAGACUUCUCUGGGUUCGCUUCAAAAUGGGACUGACGAAGUUAUUCCUUUUGGCUGUUUAUGCGCCGGUAGCUUCGUCGUCCAGGGCUGAGCUGGAGGAGUUUUGGGAGAAUGUAAGAGAAGUUCUAGAUUUGGUUAAGGGAAACGAAAGAACUGUUGUAUGUGGUGAUUUGAAUGGAUGGGUAGGUAUCGCUCGACCAGGAUACGAGUCGGUGCUUGGAAAGUUUGGCGAUAAAAGGGUUAAUGAUGCUGGCAAGCUUAUACUGGCUGUAUGCAAGGAAAAGGGUCUUCUUGUGACAAACACUAUGUUUAAUCACAGGAAAAUCGAUAUGUAG